AUGACGUCUCUACAUCCCGCUGUACGGGCUGUAAUUGCAGUGGUCGCGGCGCCACUGGGUCUGUAUUGCGUCUUCCUCGGGCUGGGCAUGACGCCUUUCUUUCAGAGACACUUUCUAUACGCUCACAAAAUCAAUACGUUAUUAUGGAAUAAUGUGAAUCAACCAGAACGAUGGGGCUUCGCUCGAAACCAAGUUACCCCCUUCUCGCUCAAGACUCCUGAUGGAGAAAAGAUAUAUGCUUGGCAUAUUCUUCCUCUGCCACUUUACCUUCAGAAUGAAGCCAAAAUCGAAUCCCAGGAACCAGGGUUUUCAGCCGAUUUCACCCAAACCGAGUCUUUUCGUCUACUAAAAGAAGACCCAGAAUCUCGACUGGUCCUUUACUUUCAUGGUAACGCCGGUCAUAUCGCACAAGCGAUUCGUCCACUCAGCUAUCAUUCGUUAACUGAUACCUCCUCAUACCAUGUCGUUGCUAUUGAUUACCGAGGGUUUGGUCACUCCACGGGCUCACCUACUGAGACUGGGGUAAUUCAAGAUGCUGCAACACUUGUGGAUUGGGCUACCAAGGUCGCAGGUGUCCCAGCCAGUCGCAUCGUUCUCCUUGGACAGAGCUUGGGUACAGCCGUCGUCAGCGCAGUCGCCGAAAAGUACGCUCUCCAAGGCGUCGAAUUCGCUGGAGUCACCAUCGUCGCAGGCUUCAGCGAUCUAGCCAAUCUCUUGUUGGGUUACCGUAUUGGAGGUGUUGUCCCCGUCCUCGCACCCUUCCAAAUGUGGCCUACCCUUAUACGCUUCAUUCACCGAUUCGUUGUCGACAAAUGGCAUUCGGAUGAGCGUUUGGCUAAUGUCGUGCGGCACACAAGAACAAGGCUCAGACUCAAUCUAAUCCAUGCUAAGAAUGACAAAGACAUCCCAUGGACCGAAGACAAUAAGCUGUUCCGGGCCGCUGCACAGGAGAUGGUGGGAAUCAUGGACGAUGAUGACUUUGCAGCUUGGAAAGAAGAACGCACCAUUCGUAAGGGAAAGGAUGCAUUCGUGACCACAUGGAAAGCCAAACCUGACAUGAUUAUCCGACAGGAACUUUUCCCAUAUGGAGGUCACAACGAUAUCAUGGGCUAUGCACCAGUUGCGCUUGCUAUCAUGCGAGCCUUUGAUCUCCAUGGGACGACUUAUAACAAUGAUGAGCAGCCUAUUUCUAAGAGUUUGGAGCUCUCGUUCAACCCCCCACCCCACGUCCAUCUCGAACCAGCCAUGUCCGAGGAGUCCAAACCAGUUGAGCCCGUCGUCGACGAGACGAACGCUGAGCUCAAGGGCAAGGCAAUCGCACAAGCUGACGCCGAAGCCGACGACCACGCCGAAUCCGGAUCCGAGGAAGAGCACGAGGAGGAGCACGCUGCCGAGGGAUCAAGCGACAAGAAGAAGAAAAAGAAGAAGAAGUCGAAGCGUUCCAAGGUCAAAGAUGCUCUGACUGGUUCAAAGUCCGCCCCUACCGAUGCCGAUUUCCACAAGGCCCUCGAUGGCCUCACUCCUCAACAGAUCAAGGAGUUCCUCGCUCUCAACCCGGCCCUCGCCCAGGAGGUGUCCAAGGCCUCCAAGAGCGACAACCCCUCCGCCAACCAGGCCGCCGAUAUGCUCAAGAAGAUGUCCCUCCAGGAUAUCAUGACUGGUCUUGCUGCUGGUGGAAAGAACGCCAAGGAUAUGGGCUCAUACAAGUUUUGGCAGACGCAGCCUGUGCCCAAGUUCGGAGAGGACAACAACUUGAAGGAGGGCCCCCUGCGCAUUCAAAAGGUCGAGGAGGUCGACAAGGAGCCUUCGGCUUUGAUUCCCGGUUUCGAAUGGGUUACCAUGGAUUUGACAAAGGAGGAGGAGAUCAAGGAGGUCUAUGAGCUCCUCAACAAGCACUACGUUGAGGACGACGAGGCCAUGUUCCGCUUCAACUACUCGCCAACUAUCCUGCGAUGGGCUAUGAUGCCUCCUGGUUGGAAGAAGGAAUACCACGUUGGUGUGCGCGCUUCUCAGUCUGGCCUGCUGUGCGCCUUCAUUUCCGCCAUUCCUGUUCACCUUCGAGUUCGCGAAAACGUAGUCACUUGCUCUGAGGUCAACUUCCUGGCCAUCCACAAGAAGCUCCGAGGCAAGCGUCUCACACCAGUGCUUAUCAAGGAAAUCACCCGCCGCAGUAACCUCGACGGUAUCUGGCAAGGUCUCUACACUGCUGGCGUGGUCCUCCCCAAGCCUGUCAGCACCUGCAGAUACUUCCAUCGUGCGAUCAACUGGCAGAAGCUCUACGAGUGCGGUUUCAGCCCUCUUCCUGCCAACAGCAAGCCUCAAUAUCAGGUUCGCAAGUAUGCGCUGCCUGAUGACACCACUAUUAGAGGUUUACGCCCGCUGCAAGAAAAGGAUAUCGAGGCCGUUAUGGAUUUGUACCAUCGCUACAACACGCGCUUCGAUAUGACACCAAAAAUGACGCGUGAGGAAGCUCUGCAUUGGUUCUUGCCCAAGACAGGGCCCAAUGAGCAGCAGGCUGUAUGGACCUACGUUGUUGAGGAUGAGAACAACAAGAUCACUGACUUCUUCUCUUUCUUCUGUAUCGAGUCCACUGCUAUCGGUAACUCCAAGCACAACGUUAUCAAGGUGGCAUACAUGUUUUACUAUGGUACAGAGGUGGCUCUACAGGAUAAGUUCGACAAGGCUGCUCUGAAGAAGCGCCUCAACGAACUGGUGCAUGAUGCCCUCAUCGUCUCCAAGCGCUACAAGUUUGAUGUGUUUAACGCUUUGACGCUGAUGGAUAACGCACUCUUCCUGGAGCAGCAGAAGUUUGGCGCUGGUGAUGGUCAGCUCCACUACUACCUGUUCAACUACCGCGUCAACCCCAUCGCCGGUGGUGUUGAUCGCAAGAACCAACUCGAUGAGGAAAACCUGAGUGGUAUCGGACUGGUGAUGCCCUGA